AUGGGGCACUGUCUCCGGGCGCGGCUCCUCGGGCUCUGGAGGCCCCAGGCAGCGCAGCCUGGGCGCGGGGAGGGCCCCCUGAGGGCUCGUGAGGAGCCCCAGGCCGCCUCGAGCGUUUGGCUACAUCGAGGCUAUCCUGUUCCGGCUGGGGUGUCCUCUCGAGCCAGGGCGUCCCCGCCCCCACCUCGCCUCCGCCCCCGGGCGCCCCUCAUCCGGGCUCCCGCGCCCCGCGCACCCCGCGCCGGCCGGGCGGAGGGGAAAGUUGGCGAGCGCGCGGCGUCCGCGGGGGAAAGCGUUAAUGGGCGGCCGGGUGGGAGCCGCGCGCUCGCUCGCCCACGUCACGCCGGUGCGGGCUCGGCUGACGACCGCGGCGCCUGGGGACGCCGGCGCGCUCCGCUCGCUCGCCAGGUGCUCCGCCUGGAGAUGUCUCCAUUAGUUGUCGCCCGCUCCCCGCCGGAGCGCGCGCGCCGAGCGGCCGCGCAGAGCCCUCGCGGGCGGCCGGCAGCGGCCCGGCGCCACCGCAGGCGGAGGCUCCGCGCGGCCGCCGAGGGGCGCGGGCGGCGGCGACGGCGGCGACUCCCCGCCGCACAAACUUUGCUAGGAUCGCUCCUGCGCUGGGGGCGCAAAGUUUGCUGCCCGCUGGUGGGGUCUCUGGAGGCCGCCGCGUCGGCCGCAAGUGGCGGAAGACGGGGGGCGGGAGGCGGGGGGCGGCGCGGGGCGCGGAGGCCGCGCAGAGCCGGGCGCCUGCGCUGGGACACCCGGCUGCCCGCCUUCCCGGCUCGGGCGGCGCCCUGCGAGCCAGCGGCGGGGCCGCGGUGGGAGAGCCGGAGGGAGCGGGCUGGAACGCGGGGCGUUUCGGGAGGAGGAUUCACCCCGCGCGCCUGCGGCUCUCGCCCCCUGGCUUCGCGGGAGACCCCCGAGGAGAGGCUGCGAAGGAGCGACCUGCCACCCUCGGGGUUCGCGAGUGCGGCGCACGGACACCUGGAACGCCCUGAGCCCCACACCCCGCACGGGUGUCCACGAGUAGUGGGCGGCCCGCGCGCCACCAGGGCUCGGCCCUGCGCCUUAGAUAAGAAGGCCCCUGCCCGGGGCUGUGAACUCCCGCUCCUGCCCUCUGGCUCGGGUCAACUUCUCUGGGCUGGAGAGAGCCCCUCUUCCCACCCCCCGCGGCUCUCGAUGCGGGGGACCGCGGCGGCCCCCGGGGACGACUCUGGGAACCGGCCAAACCGCGGGGGCUCAGCUGGUCUCAGGGGUGAAGCCCCGCCGGGAGCGGAGGAAGGUCUGGACGCGGCCUCUGUCCCCAGAGGCUCUCCGUGGUUCCGACGGCCGACAUCAUCCCCGGGCAAAAAGGGGGACCUGCAGACCCCUAACAUUUGGGGCUAAUCGUCCUCAGACCCCGUCGCCCUGGGCUCCUCUCGAACUCAGCAGACAGUGGGGGCGCCUGACCAAAUCCUAGCCGCCGUCCUGCCCGUGGGGAACCUCGUGGUUUCUGGCAGGUCCUGCCCACGGGUGUAUUUAGAACCGGGGUCCCUCGAGGGACGUGGGCUCAGUAAGCCGCGUCUAUGCAGCGCCUAGAAGCCGGCGGCCCCGGAGCAGUGGCCGCGCCACGCCGUCCCCCUCGCGCAGGACCCCGCCGGCCCCGCCCGCCGACCCCGGGCC